CACACACGCACAGUCCCGUUCUUUCGGGCACACAGACCUCGGGUCUGUAGCAUAAGAGUAACUGAUCUUUGACAAGGAUGCCAAGAAUGCACACUGAGGAAAAGACAGUUGGGAAAACUGGAUAUCCACAUGCGAAAGAAGGAAAUUAGACCCUUAUCUUACACCAUACACAAAAAUCAGCUCACAGUGGACUAAAGUAAACCUAAGACCUGAAACUAUAAAACUCCAAAAAUAUGACAGAAAACCUUCAGGGCGUUGAUCUUGGCAUUGAUUUCUAGGAUCUUACACCAAGACCCCAGGCAACAAAAGCAAAAAUAGACAAAUGAAACUGCAUCAAGCUAAAAAAGCUUCAUAUAGCAAAGGAAAUGGUAGAGUGAAAAGCCAACCUAUGAAAUGAGAGAAAAUAUUUGGAAACCAUAUAUCUGAUAAGGAAUUAAUAUUCUUUGGGGUUUUUUUAAGGCAAAAAUACAGCUCACAACUAAACAGUAUUACUUCCCUACAGUGAGUCUUCUUUAUUAAUUUCUUUAAAUGUAAAUUACACAUACAAUAAUGAUAUAGUAACAUUCCAUUUAAAAUAGUGAUUUAACCUAUAAAAAUUUUAGUAUAAACAGAAAAAAAUGAGUGAGAAAAAUAAGAUUGCAUUCAUAGAUGAGAGAAUUGUGAGUAACUGUAAGGUAUGGUUGUAUAACUUUCAACUAUGAGAAGCAUACCAAUUUUUUUUUUUUUUCAUUUUAAAUUCAACAAGCAACCUCCUUCUCUGUAGGCCAGAUAUUGUUGAGGACCUGGAAUAAUAAAAAGGAAUGCGAGCAUGUCCUUAAGCCAGUCGUUGGACUCGUUGACUUGGCACUAGGACAGAGUUUGUCCACCACAUCCAAGAAUGCCAAAUACAUCUGGUGUCCAAAGGAAAGCUUUAGCGUCAGAUACUAAACGUUGGUGCAAAUGAAUGUAACCUGAGAUUUUGCCAAACAGGAUUACUAUGGUCAGUGAACAAUGUGUUCCUUGACUUUUUGAGAUUGACUUGACCAAAGUUGUCAUGGGAAAGUCUCUCUUCUUAGAGCUUCCAUUAUUCUGAAGACCAGGUUACAUAAAUAAAGUCCAAGUUAAAGAAAGAGAAAGAAAGCACGCCAGAGCACAUGAAAGUGCACACCAGCCAUGAAUCUAAGACCCCAAUAAAUCAGUUCUGUUCUUUGCGUAUGUUUUUAGAGAAGACACAUGUAGGCACUGUUUUCAGUGUUCUCCAGGUAUUAACACAUACACUUCUCCUAACAGCUAUAUGAAAUAAGUAUUCAUGGAUGAAGAAUUCAGGGCCUAGAGAGAUUGAGUUACCAGUCACCAAGCUAGGAAGAAAUGGGAGAUUUGAACUGCACAAUCUUCAUAUCUCUCUUUAAUUCUGAGCUCCAUACCUAGCCUCCCCAUUUUAGUGUUGGUUUUGUUGAAAGUGAAGUGAAAGUUGAAGGACUCACCAUCAACUUCCUAGGCACAUGCUAGAGAAGAUGCCAGUGACUUGGCUGUGCUACCAAGGUUAACAUUGACUUUAGCACAAAUUUAUGCUAAAGCAUUAACUUCACCAGAGUUUGUAGCACUUUCCUUCUACUCCCAGCCUCCACCCAAGUUCUCAAGCCAAGUUUAACUCCCUGAGAUGGAUAAAUAUUAACUUUUAGGCCCGCAUCACCAUACUUGCGUCACAGGCCAGAGUCUAAACAGCAGGGAACUUUAGUCUUUUCCUGUGUCUCCUCUCACAUGGACAGAGGAAGACAGAAAUGCAACCUCAGGCGUUUCUCUACAAAUCAAUAGAUGGUUGUGCCACCUUGUUCUCCUUCAUUCGACAUGGCUCUACUGUUUCCUUGGUCACAGAAUGGCUGCUUUGCAGGAAGAGAAGUUAAAUGUCUAGAGAAACCUAAUGGACAAUCUCCACAACAGAUGACAACAAAAAAUAAUCCAGAUGGGGUGCAGGUGCUGUAAAAUGAUACAAAGCUAUCUCUUCGAUCCGGUUCACGUGCCCUCCCCUGGUUACGUUAACGAAGUAAACAGCUGCAAGUUAGAUGAAGAGGACACUCUUAAAUUGAAAGACAGACAGGGCAGCGAAAUCCUGGUGCACAAGGGUGACCCUCCGAACGAGGGCUCCAGGAGAACUGCAAGCGGGAGCGGAACAGCCGCUCCGCAGGAGCCCUGCGGGCCGCCCCGAGGACCACUCCUCUCGGGGGAUGCGGUGGGGGGACCGUGUGCCGAGAAGACUGGCGGGGCCAUCAAUGGCCUCGGCCCCGCUGCUGCCCUGCCGCUCACCGGUGAGCCGGGGCCCCCUCAGGGGGACAGGGACUCUUGGGCCAGUGCUGCAAACAAAGGUCACCCGACCCAGCCCUUCCUUGAAGGAGGGAGUGCCAGGGAGCCUGACUGCAAGCAGCUGGCCUCGGGAGAGAAGCAGGUCAUCGGGAAUGGGGGCUCCGGCGCGCCAUCCAUGGCCGGGUUUGCUGCUUGGGAAGUCCCAGCCCAUGUCCUCCAGACACCCACCCCGGACUACCCUCAGCUUUGGGGCUCAGCUGAAGACAACGCUGAUCACGUUGAUCAUCAAGAGAAGGGCCGUCUUUUCAAGAUCCACUCUGAGAAGGAGCCCCAGGAGGGUGAUCACGCCCCGGCAGGGGAGUGUGGUGUGAAUAUGCCCUUCUCCGUAAAGAGAAGCUGGGAUUCAUUAAACGAGGCUGUGACAACCGAACUCCCAAGUGUCUGCUUUGACAAAGACGAUCCUGCUCAGGACGUGCCUGUGGUCGAUUCGAGAAACGGGUGGGAGGAGGCCCCUGGCUCCGCCGGAGACGGGAGCUGGGAGACGGCGGAUGAGGACGCGGAGGUGGCCGAAGCCCUCGCGGCCUUAGAAGCAGCUACUGCUGGGGAAGAGGUGGAUGAAGCCGAGUAGGGGAGGGGAUUCUCCAGGCAAAUAAGCUAGUGACGAUCGGGUCACACGGGGCUGGGUUUGCUCCUAAAACCCAGAGCUGAUAAAUGCAGCAUAUGCGGCUGCAGCCUUCCAGGGUGUUGACACCCAGCGCCAGUUGUGAUGGGUGUGAGCAUCAGUGACACGCUGCUUGUUCACUAUGGAGCGUACCACCGCCUAGAUGGGCUAAGACUCAAGAUGAGAGACCAAGUCAGAGUGGGCCACUGUGGUGGUGUCCACAGAACAGGCAGACCUUAGACGCCCUGCUGGCCAGCCUGCACAGCUCCUGCAGAACGUAUGGUGUAGGUAUUCUUGAGAACGCCCUGGAAUCCCAGCGCUUAAUCCCAGGGGCAGAGAGUCACAAGACAUUCUGUCUGAGUGUAAAAUUCCUUACCUUGCUUUUUGAGAGCCAAACAUUAUACCCAGUCAGGGAAAGGUAACUACCCCCACUUAAAGUGCCUAAUGUACCCCCCAGAGCAUGGCUUACCUUCAGGGACAAUCAUCCAGGGAACCGAUCACUAACCACUUGUUGGACAGAGUGGAGCUUGGCAGCUUUCAGGGUGGAGCAGGAACCGCCUGUAGACAAAUGGUUAGUCAUUAGCUGUGAUAUCAGGCCACCUUGACCUUAACUUUUUUACAUUAUUACUUUUUCAUCUCCUUUGGGAUUGGGGAGUUUGGUCAGAAGAAUUCUUUAAACUGCUUGUGUCAAAUUCAGGUUUUUAAGUUCGUGAGAUUUGGAACAGCAAAGAGAUAGACGGAGUGUUUUGUGCCAUGUAAUGUCUGAUUGUGAUUAAACAAUAAUGACAUA